AUUUGUGCGACACAUGAUCAUUCGGCCCAUUGAACGCUUUUUAAAUAAAGUUAUUUCAAUUCGAACAAAAUGGCGGCGCCCUGUGGACAACCCGUGUUGUUGGGCUGAAAAAAAAGAGAGUUUGCUGCAUUAAAAAAUCGGAGGAGGUAUGGCUACUGCAGUCAAGCCAGUUAAAAAGGAAAUCAAAAAGGAAACCAAAAGGCAUAUUCCAGCCAAGACCUCCUUCACCUCACCAUUCACUCCAAAAUGGAGCCCACUUCCCCAAGAAGACAUGCAUUUCAUCCUGAAAACCCUGAAGGACAAGCUGAUUUCAACAGGUCUUGAGAAGAAAGAGGUGAAAGUGUUUCGCCCGUGGAGGAAGAAGAGAGACCAGAAACCUGAAGCCACAUCAGAACCUGUUCCCCAGGUGAGCCAGGACGCACAGGUGCAGGAUUCUCCCAAAAACGGCUGGACAGACGUGGCAGCCAGAAGACAACUGGCCAUUGGCAUCAACGAGGUCACGAAAGCUCUGGAGAGGAAUGAACUCAAACUGUUGCUUGUGUGCAAGUCCGCCAAGCCGAAACACAUGACGAAUCACCUGAUAGCGCUGAGUGCAACGAGAGGCGUGCCGGCCUGCCAGGUGCCUCGGCUCAGCCAGAGCCUGUCGGAGCCGCUGGGGCUGAAAAGUGUCCUUGCGCUGGGAUUCAGACGGUGUGCCUCCAAAGACGACGAGGCGUUCACUGACACUGUUGAUGCCAUUACACCCAGGGUGCCUUCACUGGAUGUUGCUUGGCUACAAGGUGCAGCACCCAGUGUAACACCUGAAGACCCCGUUGACAUGGAAGAGGAGGAGGAAGCUGGCGAGAAGAAGGGCCACAAAAGGAAACUUGAGAGUGAAUCUGCAGAGGUCACAGAGUCGGCCUCCUCCUGCACUUUGCAACCUCUCAGAGUGAAAAAAAUUGUUGCUAACCCUGAAAAGAAAAGUAAAAGAAAGGUGAAGUCAUAGAUAGUCCCAUUUUUUGCAUUUUUUUUUUUUUUACUUAAAAUGAGGCAGAGUCUACUUGUGAGCUCUUUGUCACAGGUUAUGGCCGUAAUGUGGACAUGGGAGUCAUUUUUCCUUGUCAGGUUGUUUCAUUUGAAGGAUUUUUAGAGGCCUGAAGAGGUGAAAACAUCUAGUAUUUUACAGCAAAAAAGCAGCCAGAAAAAAUAAUCUGUUUUGUAGGACAAGAAUUUAUUUAUUUUUUUUAAAUCCUGUUAAUCGUUUUGUGACGCCUCAGAUUUAUCUUGGGAACCCUCUCAACCCCAAAGUCGGGAUCCACUGUUUUAGCCCAAUUACAUAAACUUAGCAUAUCACAGUUUUUUGUUUUGUGAAUGGUAAAACAGAUGACUGACUUUCAAAGUCAACAAUCCAUUACAACAGAAAAAUAUGAAUUAAGUUUUGUCAAAAAUAGAGGCAGACGUUAUUUGUAAGUAUAUAUAAGUAAGUAAAUCUCUGUUUUCAUAUUCCACUGAGAUGAAUGGAAACCAGUGGCUCCAUGGAGGGUAGGAAAAACUCUUAAGCAUGGGAUGGUUUGGAAGAUGGCCUGCAGUUUACAUGAUUUCUAAUAACUUGGUUAAAAUGUGUAAGGAAUCUGGUAUGAUCCUUUAAAUUGACUUUAUUUUUCAAAGUGACAUUUCAUUGGCCAAAACAGGCACAACAUAGGAAAUUUAAGGUGUUUCUGAAUUUAACCUCAUAACUGUGUGUGAGAUGAUAUAUUUUUCAUGUGUUUUUGGACCAAGUCCAUUUAACAAUUCUCACAGUUAAAACUGUAAGUGUGUCACAAUACUUUCUUUGUAUCCCCCCCGUCAUAUUAAAAAGAAGGGGCAUUACUCA